CCUCGGUAGCACACACGACGGCCGCAUGCUGCGCGCGGCCGGCCUUCCUGGUGUGUUGGUCGGAUAUCGGUGUAAGUGUAGGUGUACAUGUAGGUGUACACACACCGUCGAGGUUUGGCGCGGUCGCGUACUGUUCUUGGCACAGUUUCUGGUCAUCUCCUAUUGCGAGCGGAACGGUGCGAUACUUCUCCGCUGGACCUGCGUGCGGUACUCUCUCGCGCGCGCGCACGCGGCACCUCCUCCUGUUCCGCUCCGCGUCCGUUUCUCCGACCGUCGUUUCUCUCCCGCGAACACGUCUGGCACCUGUCCGCGCGGUAUAUCCCGGGGGAGAAAAAAAAACACGAGUCCCGCGUACUGAAAGAAAUACAAGUUCCAAAGUGUCGGUCAAGUACAUUCUCUCACUUAGUGGAGAUCGCAAGGUAAUCUUAAUCGGCCGGUGCUUCUAUUACGACGGUGACGUGAUGGUGCGACGGCGAACGUGAACGAGAGAGUUCGCAGGAAAAACAGUGGACCAUGUGUCGCGUUUCCUUAUAGGGACAGGAAGACCUCAAGCAAACUUCCUCGACGUUCAACCGUCAUGGAUGGCGUGUUUAUGCUGAGAAAAAGAUUUCUCUGAAUUUGGUCAAUUUUACACUCGAACACAUUUCAUCAUCGGCAUGCCCCGAAGAAACUAAUGUUUCGAUUAAUAAGAUGCAGUUGAAAACGUGUUGCAGGUGCUGUUCCUUGAAGACGGGCACAAUAUUCAGCGGAGUAUGCGGAAUCGUACUCGCUGUGAUUUCCCUAAUUGUGAUCUUCACGGUGAACGUAGAAUGGAAAACAAUAAUCAUCGACAUCUUAGACAAAACGGCGGUAAAAAUCAUCUUCGCCAUCAACCUCUGCAUGACCAUCCUGAUCUCUUUGCUGCUCAUAAUCGGCGCUGUGAGGAAAAAUACAUUUAUGAUGCUUCCAUGGGUAGUCCUGGGCAUUAUGUUAGCGGUCGCUCUUUUUGUGAGCGUUCUUUACACUUCGAUCAUGUUCUUCGUAAACCACGAAGUCCUUAACGGCGUUCUUUGGUUGGUAUUUGGUCUAAUAGCUGUCGUGGUGUACAUAUACAUGUGGCUGGUGGUGUAUAGUUAUUUCCAGCAAUUGAAGUUCGACAAGAUGAACAGAAGAAUAGGCCCAUAUGGAAAACCAUACAAUUAUCGACGGUCAUGAAAGCAAAUUUGAAUACAUAGAUACAAUUGCACGUUGAGUGGGCGUUCGGACAUUGUACAUCGUAAAAAUAUCCAAGUAUUUUUCUCGAUAUGUCGUCGUAUGUUAAAUUUACUAAAACUGUCUUUUUUAUUACGGUGUCGAUUUAUCAUAUAAAACGGUGUACAAGAUAAAGGGUCGAAAAGAGUAAAGGUGCGGGGAGUUUUUAAUUUUAUUUAAUUUUCAUUCGCACAUUGUAGAUAUCUCUGUAGUAGCGUCGUGAAUAUAUUUAUAUCCACUGUUCGUGACUGCGCCAAAGCAGACAUUCUUAUUUACACGAUUGAUUGUUCCGUAGACACAAUUUAUAAACUGCCUGUAAUAAUAAUUGCUAUACGGUAAAAUGUUUCAAUUAUAUAUAAA